CGAUGACGAAAGGGAGCUUGUUCCAGCGCCCAAAUAUGACGUGUUUUUCCAGCGCCAAGUCGUGAGGAAGUGUCGGCGUUCGGGAGAAGUUGGAAUGUGUCCGGCAGAGCUAUACAGGUGCUAGACCCGAUUGACGAGAGAGGUGACCGAGCGAGGAAGUAGCUGCGGAAGAGAUAAACGUAAAACUAAGUACGAGACCAAUAAGGUUAUCGGGCUGGUGUCUUGUUCUGGGGUGAUCGUCUGACGGGGUAAGAAUUAUGUCAUGGAUCAAGGAAGGAGAACUAUCGCUUUGGGAGCGAUUCUGUGCCAACAUCCUAAAGGCAGGCCCAAUGCCCAAACACAUUGCAUUCAUAAUGGAUGGGAACCGUCGCUAUGCCAAAAAGUGCCAGGUGGAACGGCAAGAGGGCCACUCACAGGGCUUCAACAAGUUGGCUGAGACUCUACGCUGGUGUUUGAACCUGGGCAUCCUAGAGGUGACAGUCUACGCGUUCAGCAUUGAGAACUUCAAACGUUCCAAGAAUGAGGUUGAUGGGAUACUGGAUCUGGCUCGAGAGAAGUUUAGCUACUUGAUGAAAGAACAGGAGAAGCUGCAGAAGUAUGGGGUGUGUGUCCGGGUCCUGGGAGAUCUGCAUUUAUUGCCCUUGGACCUCCAGGAAUUGAUUGCACAAGCUGUACAGGCCACUAAGAACUACAACAAGUGUUUCCUGAAUGUCUGCUUUGCAUACACAUCCCGUCAUGAGAUCACCAGUGCUGUGAAAGAGAUGGCUUGGGGAGUGGAGCAAGGGCUGCUGGAUCCAAGUGAUGUCUCUGAGUGUCUGCUUGAUAAAUGCCUCUACACCCAUCACUCUCCUCAUCCUGACAUCUUGAUACGGACUUCUGGAGAAGUGCGGCUGAGUGACUUCUUACUCUGGCAGACCUCCCAUUCCUGCCUAGUGUUCCAACCUGUUCUAUGGCCAGAAUACACAUUUUGGAACCUUUGUGAGGCUAUCCUGCAGUACCAGAUGAACCACAACGUGCUUCAGCAGAAGGCCAGAGACAUGUAUGCAGAAGAACGGAAGAGCCACCAGCUGGAGAGGGACCAGGCUGCAGUGACAGAGCAGCUGCUUCAAGAGGGGCUCCAGGCCAGUGGGGACGCCCAGCUCCGACGGACACGCUUGCACAAACUCUUAGCCAGACGAGAAGAGCGAGUCCAAGGCUUCCUGCAGGCCUUGGAACUCAAGCGGGCUGACUGGCUGGCACAUCUGGGCACUGCAUCAGCCUGAGUGAGGCUGGCCACCUGCCACUUUGCCCUGCCCUCUGCCUCCAGGGCCCCAUUCCCUUCUUUUCUUGGUGAAAGACACGCCCCCUCCUAAUGAUGAAUUAUGCUCCCCUUGCUUGCCAGGGGAGUCCCCAGGGUCAGAUCUGCUGGCUGUAGAUACCUUUGGGCUGCCUGUGGCCCAUGGGCAGGAUUGAGGGUGAGAAUUUCCCACAAGCACACUAAAUCCAACUCUGGUCACCAGUUGGAGGGGGAGCAGCUCAUUGGCUGCCUGCCCCAUCUGCCUUUGCCACCACUGCUUGUGCCCCUAGAUGCACUUUCUUUUUCCACUAGCAUAUCCUUCAGCAUGCAGUAUUGCAGGGAAGAAGUCUUCUCAAAGCCUGCACCUUAACCCAUCUGUCCUAGUCUUCCACCUGACUUUCACAAAAGAUUUGGCUCUACCUUGAAUCUGCUGAUAAAUAGCUAAUAGGCAGCCAGCAUAAUUUGGGCAAGGAAGAAAGGGGCGGGAGAGGCAGAAAGAAAAUUUGCCCAUCUGCUGCUCCUCCCCUUGGCUCUCCACCUGGGAUUUGCUAUUGAAUCUCUACCCCUCCCACCACGCAGUACUGAUUGCUCACUGAAAGGCUCAGCGCCCCCAAUGGCGCUCAGAAGCCAGGCGGGUGAUUACAAUCCAAUUACCUAUUGUCGACUCAGCCCACACAAGCUUUUCUCUGCCUCUUGCGGGGCAUGGGGCCAGCCUCCACUCCUCAGUGAGACCGGCCCACUCCAUGGCUACAGGGUAACAGAAGGUCCUGUAGGCCCUGGUGGUCUAGUGGAACAUUGGCCUCUUUCCCUGUAACCAUCAGGAUUGAGUAGAACCAAGCCCUUCUCCCAAGUGACUCUGCCUCCUGCCCUCACCAUCUAGAACUCUUCCUGUCUUCAAGGCUUCCCUCAGCUCUCUGACCUGGCUCCCUAAGCAGGCCCUGAGACAAUGUAGUCUCAGCACGGCAGAACUUGUUCGAGGCCCUCUGCCUGUGAGGGCCAAGGCUUCCCCAGCAGGAAGGUGAGGGUAGAGUCAAGGCUGUGUCCUUUCUCUUACUUCCCCUGCCAGGCAUCCGUGCAGAGCUGCUGAGAGGAUUAGUGCCUUUGAAGCGCUGUCUGAGCAACUCCGCUUCAGGUAUCCCACAGCAGCAAAUAUCAGCUGGUAAUACCAACCAAAUGCUACUCUUCAGUCAUCUUACUCUGCAAGCUGUGUGCCCAGCAACUCCCUCUGGGAGAGGUGGGACCUUGGCAAGCAGUGUUGAGUAUAUUCUUUAGACCUGUGACUUUUCUGUGCUCUGGUAUCGUGCUCCCUUUCUGUGCCUGGAUAUCUGGCACUGGAGACCCUUUGGCCAUCAUUCCUUCUCCUAGAAUCAAGCACAAAUGCCAGCUAUGAUUGCAAAGCCAAUCAGUGCACCCUUUGGCAAGGCCCCCUACACACCUGGCACUCCCCACUACCAGUCCCUGGCACAGGGUUCCUGGAGAGCAGGUGCUGUACGUUUUCCAGCUUUACAAUGGGGCUGUUGACAGCCGUAAUUAGGAAGGCAUGAAUUAUUCGGCUAUAAUGCAGAGCCCUACAAUUAAGGCGGGAAUGAGGGGCUGCAGGCAGCAAACGGAAUCUGCCUUGUGAGCACGGCUGUUGGGUUGUCUACUUUCUCUGACUCCCUCAUGCUGGGGGUACAGCAGACGUGAUUAAUGGGACUGGCAUCUCUUUUUGGCCGGAGGUCCUGUGUUCUGGGAAAGGUGCUCUGGGUGGAGUAGGGAGGAGCUGCCCCAGGAGGCACGAGCGUGCAAAGAAGCAGAAUGUCCAGUGCUGCCCAGGAGCAAGAACUGCAGAAUACUUGGUCUGAACUUGUGGUGGUAGUCUCCUUUCUGUUUUGAGUCGUACAAGCCAGCUUCUACCUUUGCUCCAUGAAUUCAGCGGGGGCCUAUUUAUAUGUCCUCCCACCUCUCAUGAUAUUUAUCUCCUGUUCCUGUGCUGCCCUCGGUCUCAAGUAGAAUUUUUUUAAUUUUUAGAUUUAAGAUUUGUUUGCUAAUUGCAAAGGAAGAACACUUUAUCUUGCUGUUCCAA